UGUGUGUGAGAGAGAGAGAGAGAGAGAGAGCGAGAGAGAAAGAGCCACAUCUGGAAUAGUAGCUUCAGAGAAACAGUCGAGAGAGGCAGAAGCUGCUUGGUGAUAACUUUCCCCAAACUCCCCUUUUCACUCAGACGAACCUCCUGCUUUGCCUUUUCAUCUACUUGAAAAAUGCUGCUCAUCCUGCUCGGUGUGCUCGUCUUGCACUUAAUCAUUCUCAUUCUCCUCAUCGUGUCCACAGCAGCCAGUGCGUGGUCUGUAGGUGGGGAUAGGAGCACAGAUCUAUGGUACAAUUGCCUGAUAUCGUCCAAUGGAGGCUACCACUGCAAGCCGUCCACCAAUGAAGACUGGAUCCAGGCGGUGCAAGCCCUCAUGAUCCUGUCGGUUCUCUUCUGCUUCUUUUCCCUCAUCGCGUUCGUGUUCCAGCUCUUCAAACUUGUCAAGGGCGGACGCUUCUACUUCACCGCCAUCUUCCAGAUCUUUGCGAGUUUGUUCGUGAUGUGCGGUGCGAUCAUCUACACUGUGAUGUGUCCUGAUGACACCCCUCACACACAGUUCGGCUACGCCUAUGUGCUGGCCUGGGUAGCUUUCCCUCUCAGUCUCAUCAGUGGCCUCAUUUAUAUCGUCCUGAGGAAGAAAGAAUGAGAGGAGGAGAGGAGGAGACGAGAGGGAGGGGUCGUAAGGAGACCCCCUUACCACAACAUCGCACUGUGCCUACUGCCCACAGACCAGAGACUGACAUCCCAACAAUAUAACAAAAGUGCAUGUGUCACUAACAGUUGUAAAAACAGACAGGAGAUACUGUCUCGCAAUCGCUGCGAAUCGCUGUUACCGUUUUGCUGUAUUUUAGCAUCCAUUCAUCAUAUGCUGACAACCGCCGCACACGGUUUGCCGUGUGAAUUUCAACACCCUUGCACAACGUGAUUCCCGUGGCGACAGUGUUUCCUCGAAGUACGUUAAGCAAUAUGUUGGUGACGUAUUGACUUUAGUUGCAUGCUGACACCCAACACUUCCACGAAUCCCCCACGUGUGAUAACAACGACGAACAAUCCCGCCUUUCUUUAGUAGAAGGAUGUACAUAGUGUCUGUGGUUUUUAGACAUAUUUAUAACAUUUUUUUUACAUACAUUUUUGUACAUAUUGUUGUCAAAGUUAACAUUGUCAUCCUCGUUUUUGUGAUAGAAUCUGUGUCUCUCACAAGUCAUGCAGCUGUGCCAAAGAGAUACUGCUUCAACUGCCAGAGUACCUAGCUUUUCUCGUCUUUGUCGUCGCCCCCUUCUUUGUCUUUAAUUUGCUUUGAACGACGUGCCUUACUUAGAAUAUGUGUGUUCUUGAAGGAAAAUGAGUAAAUCCUCAGAAAUAAACAAAAAAGAAAGAAACAAGUUUUUUUAGUAAACUUAUGAACUUUUUGUCUGAAUUAUCAUUGUACUUGAUAUGUCAAAUAAUUUUGCAUUUUGUAAUCUAGUUUUAAAAAUGGUGCUUUUUUUUACCUACUAUUCUUGAAAUGUAUAGCCUACUUUAUGUUGCCUGUUGUGUUGUCGUACGAUUAAUUUGCUUUGUACAAACCUGUUUCCAUUUUAUUUGUCAGUAUUCUUCAAAAUAAACCUUUUGAAAUAAAUCCUUCUUACUGCAGAGCA